AAAGAGAUGAGUCAAAGAUGGGCGGUUCUUCAGUUUCCACAGUGUUUUUAUUACGCGACAGACACAUGGACUUUCACAAGUUUUUUGGGAAAAUUCCUUGUUUUAUGAGUAUACGUAAGAAAACACGUUGGGAAGUAUUGAAGAAAUGUAUAACAAAAACUAACAGACUUCUUUUGAAUAUAUAUAUAUAUAUAGCAAGAACUAACAAAAUUUUUUGACAACAUACAUCCUGUUUCUGUUUUCUUUUGUUGUUUCAGUUUUCAAAGUUGUAGUGUUUUUCCUCAAUUUAAAUUCUCGUUUUUCUCUUGGUUAAAACUACGUUCUUUUUGCUUUGAUUUGAGCUCCUAAAACGUGAAGUUUUUGAUAAGUUUUGGAGGGUGUUAGCGUAUUUUGGUAAUGCAGGGUGCUGAUAUUUAUAGAGCUAGUGGUAGUUUACGUAGGAGUCCUUCGGCAUGGAUAAACAAUGACCUGGAGGUAUUUUCAAGGUCUUCUCGAGAAGAGGAUGAUGAAGAAGCUUUAAAGUGGGCAGUACUUGAGAAACUACCUACUGUUUCUCGUCUCAGGAAAGGUAUAUUGACUAGUUCUGAAGGUGGUGCCAGUGAAAUCAAUAUUCAUGACCUUGGGUGGGUAGAACGGAAGGCUUUGCUUGAGCGGUUGGUUAAAGUAGCAGAGGAAGAUAAUGAGAAGUUCUUGUUGAAGCUCAAGAACCGUGUAGCUAGGGUUGGCAUUGAUUUUCCCACAAUUGAAGUCCGGUUUGAACAUCUAAAUAUUGAAGCUGAAGCUUUUGUUGGGACCAAUGCUUUGCCAACAAUUCUUAAUUUCAUUACUAGUUUAUUUGAGGGUUUCUUGAUUGAUGUGGGUAUUCUUUCUAGUAGAAAGAAAAAGCUGACCAUCCUCAAUAAUGUCAGUGGCAUCAUUAAGCCGAGCAGGCUGACAUUGCUUUUGGGUCCUCCAAGUUCUGGGAAGACCACUCUUUUGUUAGCUUUGGCUGGAAAACUUGAUCCUGCUCUCAAGUGUUCGGGGAAAGUGACAUAUAAUGGGCAUGGCUUGGAUGAGUUUGUGCCACAGAGAACAGCUGCCUAUAUCAGUCAACAUGAUCUUCACAAUGGAGAAAUGACUGUGAGGGAAACUUUGGCCUUUUCUGCAAGAUGCCAAGGGGUUGGAGACCGCUAUGAGCUGUUAGCGGAGUUGUCAAGAAGAGAGAAACAAGCAAACAUUAAACCUGAUCCUGAUAUGGAUGUUUACAUGAAGGCAGUAGCAACAGAAGGUCAGGAAGCAAAUGUAAUCACAGAUUAUGUUCUAAAGGUUUUAGGACUAGAAGUAUGUGCAGACAUUAUGGUAGGAGAUGAAAUGUUAAGGGGUAUCUCUGGAGGACAGAGGAAGCGUGUCACGACUGGUGAAAUGCUGGUUGGACCAGCAAAGGUACUGUUUAUGGAUGAGAUAUCUACUGGCCUGGACAGCUCCACAACUUUCCAAAUUGUGAACUCCCUCAAGCAAACUGUUCACAUCCUUAAUGGAACUGCAAUCAUCUCUCUUCUCCAACCAGCUCCAGAGACUUAUAAUCUUUUUGAUGACAUCAUUCUCCUUUCUGAUGGCCAGAUAGUAUAUCAGGGUCCUCGUGAACAUGUGUUGAGCUUCUUUGAAUCUAUGGGCUUCAAGUGUCCGGAGAGAAAAGGAGUGGCUGACUUCUUGCAAGAAGUUACAUCAAGGAAAGAUCAACAACAGUAUUGGGUACAUAAAGAUCAACCUUAUAGGUUUGUCACAGCCAACGAAUUCUCUGAGGCAUUCCAAUCAUUUCAUGUGGGAAAGAAACUUAGAGAUGAACUUGGUGUUCCAUAUGAAAAGACAAAGAGCCACCCAGCUGCUUUGACAACCAAAAAAUAUGGUGUUGGAAGGAAAGAGUUGCUCGAAGCUUGCAUCUCAAGGGAAUAUCUGCUGAUGAAGAGAAACUCUUUCGUGUACAUUUUCAAGUUUAUACAACUAUCAAUAAUGGCAUUCAUUACUAUGACGCUCUUCCUUAGGACUGAGAUGAGAAAUGAUUCAAUUGAAGGGGGAGGAAUCUAUAUGGGGGCCUUGUUUUUUGGCUUGAUCGCAAUCAUGUUUAAUGGGAUGUCUGAGAUUUCUAUGACCAUUGCUAAGCUUCCUGUCUUUUUCAAGCAGAGAGACCUCCUAUUCUUUCCUUCAUGGGCAUAUGCUUUACCAACAUGUAUACUCAAGAUCCCCAUCUCAUUUUUAGAAGUUUCCUUAUGGGUGUUUCUUACCUACUAUGUCAUUGGAUUUGAUCCGAAUGUUGAAAGGUUGUUUAGGCAAUACCUCAUCCUUGUUCUGGUGACCCAAAUGUCUUCAGGAUUGUUCCGAUUUAUUGCUGCAGCUGGUAGAAACAUGGUUGUCGCUAACACUUUCGGAGCUUUUGCUUUGCUCAUACUUUUUGCAUUAGGUGGCUUUGUCCUAUCACGAGAGGAUAUAAAGAAAUGGUGGAUAUGGGGCUACUGGAUUUCCCCUAUGAUGUAUGGACAAAAUGCAUUGAUGGUUAAUGAAUUCCUUGGAAACCAAUGGAGAAGAAUUCUUCCGGGCUCAAAUGAACCACUUGGAAUUUCAAUUUUAAAGUCUAGGGGUUUCUUCCGAGAUCCACGGUGGUAUUGGUUUGGAGUAGGGGGAUUGCUUGGAUUCAUAGUAUUGUUCAACUUCUUUUAUACUAUGGCGCUUGCCUAUUUAAAGCCUUUUGAGAAGAUUCAGCCUCUAAUAUCAGAAGAACUAGAAGAAAAAGAGAAAGCCGAAAUUAGCUCAGAGGUUCAAGAUGACACUAAAACAAGCAUCUCAUCCAAGUCAUCGUCUAUGGAUGAAGUAACCACUGGGAACAAGAAAAAAGGAAUGGUUCUCCCAUUUGAACCCCAUUCCAUCACAUUUGAUGACAUUAUCUAUUCAGUUGAUAUGCCACAGGAAAUAAAAGAACAAGGUGUCAAUGAAGAUAAAUUGGUGCUAUUAAAGGGUGUUAGUGGUUCUUUUAGACCAGGAGUUCUCACAGCUCUCAUGGGUGUUAGUGGUGCUGGCAAAACCACUCUGAUGGAUGUGCUUGCUGGCAGAAAAACUAGUGGUUAUAUCGAGGGGAACAUCACUGUUUCAGGUUUUCCAAAGAAGCAAGAAACAUUUGCUCGAGUAUCUGGAUAUUGCGAGCAAAAUGACAUUCACUCUCCUCAUGUCACUGUGUAUGAAUCCUUGCUCUAUUCUGCUUGGCUUCGACUACCGAAAAAGGUCAACGCUGAAACCAGAAAGAUGUUUAUAGAUGAAGUCAUGGAUCUUGUGGAACUGAAUCCAUUAAAGCAAGCACAAGUCGGUUUACCUGGUGUAAAUGGUUUAUCAACCGAGCAGAGGAAAAGGCUUACUAUAGCUGUUGAGCUUGUGGCUAACCCCUCUAUCAUCUUCAUGGAUGAGCCAACUUCAGGGCUUGAUGCAAGAGCAGCUGCAAUUGUUAUGAGGACAGUUAGGAACACAGUGGACACUGGAAGAACAGUUGUCUGCACCAUUCAUCAACCAAGUAUCGACAUAUUUGAAGCAUUUGAUGAGCUAUUCCUUAUGAAGCGGGGAGGACAAGAGAUAUAUGUGGGGCCAUUAGGACACCAUUCCAAACAUCUUAUUGAUUAUUUUGAGGGAAUUCAAGGAGUUAGCAAAAUCAAAGAUAGCUACAAUCCAGCAACAUGGAUGUUGGAAGUUAGCACAACAGCACAGGAAUUAGCUUUAGGUGUUGAUUUUGCUGAUACCUACAAAAAGUCAGAGUUAUACAAGAGAAACAAAACUCUUAUUAAAGAUUUAAGCAAACCGGCUCCUGGUUCAAAGGAACUCUAUUUUCCAACUCAGUUCUCUCAGCCAUUCUUGACUCAGUGUGCUGCUUGCUUAUGGAAGCAACGGUGGUCAUAUUGGCGCAACCCCGCUUAUACUGCUGUGAGAUUACUUUUUACUACUGUCAUAGCAUUGAUGUUUGGGACACUAUUCUGGGACCUCGGCACUAAAACGAGAAAAAGGCAAGAUCUGGCCAAUGCAAUGGGUUCAAUGUAUGCUGCUGUUCUUUUCCUUGGUAUCCAAAAUGCUGCAUCCGUGCAGCCCGUGGUGGCUGUUGAAAGGACAGUCUUUUAUAGAGAAAAAGCUGCUGGAAUGUAUUCUGCCAUGCCAUAUGCAAUUGCUCAGGUUUUAAUCGAGAUACCUUAUAUUUUUGUUCAAGCUGUUGUGUAUGGCCUUAUAGUGUAUGUGAUGAUUGGGUUCGAAUGGACUGCUGCCAAGUUCUUGUGGUAUCUCUUCUUCAUGUACUUCACCUUAUUGUACUUCACCUUCUACGGCAUGAUGGCAGUGGCUGUCACUCCAAAUCACCACAUUGCAGGCAUAGUUUCCUCAGCAUUCUAUGGAAUAUGGAAUGUCUUCUCUGGAUUCGUCAUCCCACGCCCGAGAAUUCCUAUAUGGUGGAGAUGGUACUACUAUAUUUGCCCAGUAUCUUGGACCUUGUAUGGGUUGGUUGUUUCACAAUUUGGAGAUAUUCAGGAUGUCCUUGAGAAUGGUCAGACGGUCGAACAAUACUUGAGAAAUUAUUUGGGCUUCAAACAUGAAUUCAUUGGAAUUGUAGCAGUUAUAAUUAUUGCUUUCACAAUACUCUUUGGUGCAAUCUUCACUGUCUCCGUAAGGUUGUUUAAUUUCCAAAUACGCUAGAGUUUUCUUUCAAUCUUUCUAGUGUUUAGCAGAUCCAUCUUUAUAAUGCUAAGAUAUUAGAAAAGAAGCAUGUCUACACAUUUUUUUCAUUACAAGCUACAAUUUCUUACUUCCAUUGUGACAUAUGUAUACCAUUAAUCCAUGAUUAAAAGUUCUUUUGUUUUUAUUUAACAAA